GUUGUAAUUGAUUUUGAUGCUUUUUAUAAUAUUGUCGGAGAAAAUACAAAUAUUAUCAGUAGGGCAUUAACUGGAAGAUUGGCAAUUCCAGAUUGGUCUAACUUUUGUUCUAAAAUUAAAGAAAUAUUCGAACAAACAAAGGAAAUCAAAGGUGGUAAUGUGGCUACAUAUAUCCCUCAAUUAGCUGAAGUGGAUCCAGAAUUAUAUGGAUUGGCUAUUUGUACAGUAGAUGGUCAACGUUUUUCAUUGGGGGAUAGUGAUGUUGAUUUUACUAUUCAGUCUUGCUCAAAAGUUUUCACCUACUGUAUUGUUUGUGAAGAUAUUGGAGCAGACAAUGUUCAUCAAUAUGUUGGAUUUGAACCAAGUGGUGGAAGUUUCAAUGCUUUCACACUUGAUGAUGAAAAUAAGCCACACAAUCCAAUGAUUAAUGCAGGAGCUAUUACUGUAUGUUCACUCGUAAAACCAGACUUGUCACCAUCAAAGAGAUUUACAUAUGUUUCCAGUAAAUUUUCCAAAUUUGCUGGUGGCAGUAAAAUUGGUUUUGAUAAUGCUACCUUUCUAAGUGAGAAAUCAACAGGAGAUCGUAAUUUUGCUCUUGCUUAUUAUAUGCAGGAAAAUAAUGUAUUUCCAGAAGAAUCUAGAUUGGAAGACACACUAGAUUUAUAUUUUCAAAUUUGUUCCAUUCUUGUCAAUUCUAACAGUUUAGCUACAAUGUCUGCAACAUUGGCAAACGGUGGAACUUGCCCUCUAACAAAUAAUAGAAUUGUAUCAAAUGACACGGUAAAAUGUGCACUUCAGUUAAUGCUGUCUUGUGGAAUGUAUGAUUUUUCUGGUAAUUGGUCCUGCACAGUUGGGUUGCCAGCCAAGUCUGGUGUUGCAGGGGCAAUAUGCAUUGUUAUUCCUUCUGUUAUGGGAAUGUGCUUGUUUUCUCCUCGUCUAGAUCCAAGAGGAAACAGUGUUAGAGGUGUAGAGUUCUGUAAAAGGGCAUCUGAUUUAUUUGAAUGGUCUUUAUUUGAUCGUUUGGUG